GUAGUAUUGUAAGGGGAGGGGAAACCCACAUAUGGAUAAAUCAUCGUACACGUGUCAAAAUGCUAGCCUUUGCUGACAGUUAUACUGGUUCUCCACAAAACAAAAGCAAAACUAGUUCACCACAUAACUUCCAUAACAACCCGCAGCCAUGGCUUAUCUGCCCUCUCCAAGCUUAACUACACUUAAACACAAUCCCAAACCUUUAUUUUACUCUCCAUUAAAACCCAAUUCACUUGACAAUCUCUGCUUCUUCACAAACCAAUUCAAGGUUCACCGACAUAGGUGUAAUGCAUUCUUCGGCGACAUCCCUGGAAAUGUGUUGGAGAACACUCUUCAUUUGGAGCAGUUUCCUCCUUUUCAAUAUGGGAUCAUGGAGUUUCAGAAAGUUACAGAGGACCUAUCAGAGACACAGAAAUGGGGGUUUCUGGUUUUUGCUGGGAUAACGUGGAUAUACUUAACUGCAAGGCCAGGUAUUCUCUUAGGUGCCAUUGAUGCAUACCUUCUUGCUCCUCUGCAACUGGCUUUGGAUAGUUUGGCUGGAAGGAGAAGAUUGAAGAUGACUGAUUUUGUGAUUGGGGACAAGUUGGGAGAAGGGUCUUUCGGCGUUGUUUAUUCUGGGGCCAUUGUUCCAAAGAAUAUGAAUGUUGAGGAGAGAGUGCAGAAGAGAGGAAGGGGAAAAGCUUUGCAGUUGGAUCAGAGGUUUAAGGAUAAGGUCAUCCUCAAGAAGGUGAAGGUUGGAAUGCAGGGGGCAGAAGAAUGUGGCGAAUUCGAGGAGUGGUUCAACUACAGGCUGUCUAGAGCAGCACCUGAAACAUGUGCUGCUUUUCUGGGAAGUUUUGUUGCUGAUAAAACAAGUUCACAGUUUACAAAGGGUGGAAAGUGGCUUGUUUGGAAAUUUGAGGGAAACCAAACUCUUGCUGACUACAUGACAGAUCGGAAAUUCCCUUUUAACUUAGAGUCUGUCAUGUUUGGACGUGUCUUGCAAGAUGUAGACUCUGUCAAGCGCAGUGCCCUGAUCAUCAAGCAAAUAAUGCGUCAGAUUAUUACUUCGCUCAAGAAAAUCCAUGACACAGGCAUUGUUCACCGGGAUAUAAAGCCAGCAAACUUGGUAGUGACAAAAAAGGGAAAGAUCAAGCUCAUAGAUUUUGGGGCAGCUACUGACCUCCGGAUUGGAAAGAACUUUGUUCCAAACCGAGGCCUGCUUGACCCUGACUUCUGUCCUCCUGAACUGUAUGUGCUCCCAGAGGAAACACCGGUGCCUCCUCCAGAACCUAUUGCUGCAGUUCUUUCUCCGAUUCUUUGGCAGCUGAACAGUCCUGAUCUUUUUGAUAUGUAUUCUGCUGGUAUCAUACUAUUGCAAAUGGCAGUACCAUCCUUAAGGUCUUCAGCAGGCUUGAAGAAUUUUAAUGGGGAGAUAAAAAGAUUUGGAUAUGACUUGAAUGAAUGGAGGGAGUCUACUCGCUUGAGGCCUGACUUAUCACUUCUUGAUCUCGAUUCGGGUAGAGGAUGGGAUCUGGCUACAAAGCUGGUUUCAGAGAGAGGUAGCCUAAGAAGGGGGAGAUUAUCAGCGGCAGCUGCUUUGAGGCAUCCUUACUUCUUUUUAGCUGGUGACCAGGCAGCUGCAGUUCUUUCAAAAUUAAGUUUUUCCAAAUAGUGAGCAGCCUCAACAUCAACUCAAAAAUGGAGAGGCCCAUGGACAUGGAAUGCUUUGUGCCUGCCAGUAUAUGACUGUUGCCAUUUUUGCUCCAGGUGACUUGGGAACUUCGCUUCCAAUUUACCACUACUUCAUCAGAUGCAAUUACAAGAGAUUACAGUUUUAUUAAAUGUUUUUUGUACAGAUUAUAUAGGAGAGGAGGUUUAUACACACUCUCAAGCCCACUCUGUUAAUUCACUUUACAGUAUUCUUUUGAUCUUUUCCUCUUUGUAUCAGAAAGCUCAUUUGUGCCAUGAAGAAGUAACAAAAAAUCAAUUGAUUUAUAGUGAUCAAA